AUGUUGGGAAUCGGAAGAAAUGGAUUGAAAAAGAUUGGAAGCAGGCGAAUGUUUUCAACUGUUGUUGUCAAGACUGUGCCACAUUUGUUUUAUUUCGAGGCUUCUUCUCCGACAGCUCCAGUUAGCGCACCGCCUGCAAAUGAAUCCAAGAAAGGGAUUAGUAAAAAUAAGAGCGUUCAGUCGACGUCUAUCGAACAGAUUCGAUUACAGAAGAAAUAUGAAGAGGAUUUGCAAAAUAAUAAAACUAAUACUCUCCACGAAGUGAUUGAAACAAUUGAAUGGAGAGGUGCCGUUUAUUCUCAGACUUUGGAAAAAAUUGUUGGUUUACUAGAAAAUUCAAAUGAUUUAUCGGAUUUUUCUGAUCGUCAAUUAUCUGUUAUCCUUUCCGCGUUUGGUUCUAAGUGUGAAACGGUGUCGAAACAAAUAAAAUUGAGAUAUUUCGAGAAAGCAUUUGAGUCUCUUCAAGCAAAAUCGCCCAAUAUGGGAUUGCUUUCACACAAUGCAAUUCUCGAAGUAAUGUUGGCAAACAAUUCGCAAACUAACGCUAUAGAAGAACUAAACAAGUUCGAAGAAAUUGGAUUAGAACCGGACUCAACGAGUUUUGCAUUGAUUUGUGAAAUUUAUGCGAAACAAGGGAAUUCUAAAGCGAUUACUGAUAUUAUUCAACAUAUGAAAGAAAAUGGAGUCGCGGUUGAAGAGGAUCAUAUUGUUCAAUUGGUAUACUCUUUGGCGAAGGGUGGAAAUGAUGGUCAAGCUGAAAGAGUCGCUGAUUCAUUCGCUUCCAAAAUGAAUAUAGUCCGCCUGCGAUGUGCUGCAGCUCAAGCUAUAAUUCAAAGGGAAAAAUAUAAACCCGGACAUGGUGGAUUCGAAGUCUCAGAAAUUCUUCGAGGAAUCCCAGCUACUGCAAAACUUUUGAAAAAUGAGAAUAAUGUGUUUGUGAUCGAUUUGCUGAUUGAGUUAAUUGAAGCGGGACAAUUAGAAGCAUUCAAAUUGUUAUCGCCAUAUUUAUCGCUUUCCGAGGAUGGCCAGCAUCUUGGAGAGCAUCACAAGAAUUCGAGCGUUGUAGCACGAGCUAGGUGUAUUAUGAGCGAAGGCAAGCUUAAUGAAGCAAUUGCAUUGUAUUCUGUGGCCAAUAAAGCAUUUGCUAAUGAAUAUUUUUGCCGAGAAUUGCGUCAAAAAAUGGAGGAAAAUCUAAAAAAUGUAAACAAUGAUAAUUUUGAUCCGUAUCUGAAGACAUUAGUCCUUGCCGAGAAUCGCGGAAUUAUUAAAUGUGCCAAUCAAUUUUUGCUAACCACGAUUUCCAAUAUUGAAACGCCUGCAUUUUUGAAGAUUUUCAGUUAUAUUAAAAAUUCUGGACAACUUCGCGAAAUUUUAACACAUAAUGGUCAUGUUAAGCGGCCAUUGGCUAGGAAAUUAAGCCAUAAAAUGAUUUCUUCGUAUUCGUCGCUGGAGCAAGCGGAGAUUCUAGGAGAUAUUGCGUCCGUUUGCUUUACAUCAUCGAAUGAAGAAACGGUUCAGGAUAUUAUCUCCUAUUAUCCAAUUAUAUUUAAACUUUGCGGAAAAGACGUGAAACUUGCCAUAAAUGCUCUGAAAAGCAUUUCCGAUUAUUAUGUGAAACGAGAAUUUGCGACUGCAAUUGUUCAUCAGAUUCUCAAAACAUUUAACGAGGAUCACGUUGCUUUGGACAAGAUUUCAUCGUUUUUAGAAUCAGAUAAUGUUGAAAACCUCAACGCUAUUCGUCUUCAACCGUUGCUCACGAAGUUUCUACUGAAAAAUGAAAAUGUUGAUGAGAAAUUGAGAAUACAGAUUGUCGCAAGGAUUCUAGCCUACGAUUUUCCUAAGGAGAAUAUUCGCGUCUCGAAGCGAUUUUGUGGACGGAACGUUGCUCGAUUCUUGGCGAAUGAGAUGAUUUCAGAAGAACGAGCGUACAGAAUUGUCGCAAUAUUGGAAAAUGAGAGUCGAGUUUCCCUUACUUCUGAAGAAAUCAAGGAAGCUAAAGAAAUUCUCAAUGCGAAUCCGAAAAAGGCCGAAUUAAUUGAAAAAUUGAAAAAGAGCCAGACGAUGACAAGGUGGAGAGCAAGCUCAGUUGAAGAGCUGCUGAAAGAAAUCGAGAAUUUUAAGCAGGAUACGAAAUUAGAGGUUCUGAACGCCUUGAGGAAUGUGAUUGUCGAAAAAGCAAUGGCUGAAAGGAUUGAUGACUGUAAUUUCCUUGUGGAAAUUCUGGAAAAAAGCAAAGAAUGGAAAGAGCAUGGGAAAAUGAGCUCACAGCUAGCAUUUUCUCUACGAAAAUUAGAGAAUUUGACUCUUUUGAGAGCUUUAUCCUCUAAUAAUGAUGUACUCGCUGACCGUAUUUGGGUCAUGAGAAGUGGUCAUUUGCUAGCUGAUGUCACCUUGGCCUACGCAUCUCGAUUGUUUUUGAAUGGUCAGAUUGAAAGAGCUGACGAGGUUUGUGAGGAUUUGCGAUUGUCAUCACAGCCAAUUCGACCGAACACACUGGAGAAAAUGGGAAGAAGAUUGAAGGAUGUCGACAGCUCGAAAAUGGGAAAUUUAGCUGAUUAUUUGAAGAAACAAUUCAAUUUAAGUGCAAAGAAUUCUAGAAGAAUUGUUGCACAAGUGAAAUUAGAGAUAUUAAACAAAAUGAUUCAGAGUGGAGAUCUCGCCUCUGCUUUGAAAAUGGCAGUGGGAGAAACUAAGGAAAGUGGAAGAGCUUUUGGGCAAGUGCCACUGAUGAUCGCUGCCAUUCAACAGAACGAUCGUAAACUGUUGGAGGACGUGCAUGUUAUGGUCCGAACUGCGCACAAUCAAGAAAUGGCGAACAUCAACUUGGCAUAUUCACUCCUUGUGGCUGAUCAUGUCGAACAAGCGAAACAGCUCGUCGAACGGCAAAAUCUUGCAGCCGAGGAUAAUGUCUUACAAUAUUUUGUGACGUUGUCAUCGGCUCAUCAUAAUGCAAACGUGCUCAAAAACUUGUUUCUAGUGUUUAAUGGACGGGCGUCGACAUUGCAGCUCAAUAACUUGUUGGAGAUUUUAACGAGAAUGAUGUGGAAAAAUGGAGAUUUGGACGGACUGCGAGAAAUUGAAGCAGAAAUUGAACAAAGUUCAUUCCCAUUGCAGCAUAAACUUCGGAAAUUCUUCGAAGAUUUAACCACGUUUUCCACACUAGCCAAGGAUGAAAUUCGUGAAAUUUUACGAAUUUCAAAUACUGAUUUUAUGCACGGAUUUACCAGAUAUAAGCAGUUAAGGGAAUUUAAUGAUACUCCGGAUUGGGGUGUUGUGCGAAUGAGCAGUAUUGCAUAUUCAAAUGGGUAUCGAAAGACAGCUGAAGAAAUAUUGAAGCAACAGUUUGAAGAAGUUGGAGGAGCUCAGAUACAAGUUCGUCACAAAAAUAUUACUGAAGAACAAAUCUCUUCGGCCAUUGAACGAGUUUGUCGAAAUUCUACAAUCUCCGAAGCUUUCAAUUUCUUUGAAACGCUGAAGAAAUACAAAUAUUGUACAAAUCGCGAUGUUUAUCUCAACCUUCUUGUCAAAAAGUCUCUGGAAUCGGCAAAUUCGUGGAACGACACCGUGAAGUUGCUGCAAUCAACGAUUCGUGAUGACAAACGAGGCAAAAACAUGAAAAUGUGUGUUCUUCAGUUGCUAAAAGCUGCGCGGGAACGUGAAGAAACUGUAGAAGGUAUGUAUUCAUCGUAA